CUGGAGGGACACGGCGGGCGCCCAUGGCGUUCGCGUUGCUGCGCCCUGUCGGCGCGCACGUGCUGUACCCGGACGUGCGGCUGCUGAGCGAGGACGAGGAGAACCGCAGCGAGAGUGACGGAUCCGACCAGUCGUUCGGCUGCUGCGAGGGCCUGGAGGCGGCGCGGCGCGGCCCGGGCCCCGGGGGCGGGCGGCGGGCUGGCGGCGGCGCGGGCCCCGUGGUGGUGGUGCGGCAGCGGCAGGCGGCCAAUGCGCGGGAGCGGGACCGCACGCAGAGCGUGAACACGGCCUUCACGGCGCUGCGCACCCUCAUCCCCACCGAGCCAGUGGACCGCAAGCUGUCCAAGAUCGAGACGCUGCGCCUGGCGUCCAGCUACAUCGCGCACCUGGCCAAUGUGCUGCUGCUGGGCGACGCGGCCGACGACGGACAGCCGUGUUUCCGUGCCGCCGGUAGCGCCAAGAGCACGGUCUCCUCCGCCGCCGACGGCAGCCGCCAGCCGCGCUCCAUCUGCACCUUCUGCCUCAGCAACCAGCGCAAGGGGGGUGGCCGUCGUGACAUGGGAGGCAGCUGCUUGAAGGUGAGGGGCAUGGCCCCCCUUCGAGUGCCUCGGAGAUGAGCCAGGGCCCCUGCAGCAUUUGCUCCAAGCAAGACCCCAGAGAAGGAGGCCAGAAGCCAGCACUGGCUGGACAGGGGGGAAGACCCCUGGAGCCGAACCCACCCCUCUUUUGUGUAGGGAUCAGGGGACAAUGGCCUGGGCCCUUAACCCUCUGGGCAGGUCUCUGGGACAUCCUGAUCCUGCCCUGGAGAGCUGUGAGGACCCGUCCAGUGGAGCCCGGCCCCAGCUGAUCAGAGACAAGGCAGAAUUUUGGGAAAAACAAAGACUAUUGGUAAAGGAGGCUGUGUGCAUGGCUGUGCGUGUGUGUGUGCAUAUGUGUAUGUGUGAGAGAGAGAGUUGGUGGGUUUAAAAUAAAAGAUAUUUUUAAAUAAAAGAUGGUCCCAACUGAGGAAGGGAGGGACCUGGGGACCUCGGGGGUCACAAGUGGUUCCUCUCCUGAACCUCAGAAGAGGCACAGUGUCUCAGGUGCUGCUCUGCGCCCUAAAGAGGGUGGGGCUGGGAGAGGUGGCGGCGCUCCCUAUCUCUGGAGGUAGAGACAGUCAAACUUUGCUCACAAUUCCUCACUUAUCAAAUGUUCUCAAACAACUGCUGGGUGUCUGAUGUAGUGGCUAAAAGAAUUGUAAUUUUAUUUAUUUUUGAAUAAGGAAUAUAUUCAUUCACAUGGUUUAAAAUGCAAAAGGUACAAGAGCAUAAAGGGUGAAAAACCACUGUCCCAGCCCUGUCCUCCAGCCUCCUGGCUCUCCUUGCAGGCCACCUCAGUCCCCUGUGAAUGAUCGAGCAAAGAUGGAGAUGUGCACACCCGGUAGCCGAUUUUACACACUUUCUGCUCUUUGUUUUUUUUUUAACCCCUUAGGGUAGCUUGACUCUGUACCCGGAUCAGUACAUAAAGGCUAUCCUCACUUCUUUAGUGGCAGCUCCACCUUUUGAAUGCACCACACCUGACCCAUCCCCUGUAAUGGGCAUUUAGGUUGUUCCCAGUCUUUUGCUCGCACACGAAGGAUGCAGCCGUUUUCCACACGCGCAAGUCAGUUUGUGCCGAAAGGAUGUUCUUGGUGGCCUGCUGAGCACCUACUGUGUGCUCCAUAUAUGUGCUGCGUCAUUGGCUGUGAACGCCCAGCCUGCAGGGUGGUAUUCUUCCUCCCGUUUCAGCUGAGAUGGUUUGCAGGACUCAAGCGCCUAAAGGCAUGUGGCUGGCACGUGGCAGGGGCAAUGGUUGACCUGAAGUCUCUCCACCUUCAAAGCCCAAAGCAAGCUCCUUCCUCUGCCCCA